AAAUAUGGUAGUUAGUUUAGUAUUUAUAAUUUAGUGGGUCGGGCACAAUGGUCGUAACGUGCGAUAUAGAGUUUGAUCAAAAUAAAUCGGGUUGCUAUUUUGCCGGGCAAUUGGUGAGCGGUACCAUUGUACUCAAAUGUGAUAAAGCCAAGGAUGUCAAGGCUAUACAGUUACAAUUAUCUGGCUAUGCUCAUGUCUUAUGGAGUGAAAAAAGUUUCAAUACUCGUCGUAUGUACCAAGGACGAGAAGAUUAUUUGUCCUCAACCACAUAUUUGAUGGGUUCGGAAAACAGUUCAAGAACUACUAUUGCCACUGGAAUCCAUAAUUUUACAUUCGCCUGUCAGUUACCUCAAAAUUGUCCCUCAUCAUUUGAGGGUCUACAUGGUCACAUACGUUACACGGUGAAAGUAGCUUUGAUAAGACCCUGGAAAUUUGAUCAGACUUAUAAAAGGGGUUUUACGGUGCUAAGAAUGACAGAUUUAAAUUUUGAGUCACCGCAGAUAAGGAUCCCUUCCAACAGCGAAGCAUAUCGCACAUUCUGUUGUGGCCCCUGUACCACUGAACCCCUAAAAAUGGAACUUAAAAUUCCCCAAGCUGGCUACGUGCCCGGUCAAAGUAUACCCGUACAAGCUUUAAUCAUUAACAACAGCAACAUUGCAGUGUCCGAAGUUAAAUUUGCUCUAGUCAUGCUUGUGCGCUACAUAAGUGAAAAUCCCUCACAUCAAAGUGUACAACGUAUCAGUGUAAGUAAAGUGAAGAGUGAUGGCGUGCUAAGAUAUUGCACCAGAUCCUUAAGAGAUGAAAUUCAUGUACCGGCCACACCACCCACUUGCCUGCAAACUUGUGGUGUCAUACAAAUUGUUUAUCAAGUUGAAAUGGAGGUGAAAAUGAAAAGUUAUCACAAAAGUCAAGUGGUAACCAUACCCGUUAUUAUAGGCAAUGUACCAUUAGCCAACAAUACCAGCAGUAUGGAGGUGAUACAGCAGCAACCAUCUGGUAAUAAUGGCAUGUAUAGGGAAAGACCGAUAGAUUUGCCUUUGGAAUUAGAACAAGAAAUGAGCUCAGCUCCUAAUUUGGAAUUAAUAACACCAAAUUGCCCUCCCCCCUCCUAUGAAGAGUCUUAUCACACGGUACGCAGCAAUAUCAAUGAAGAUGAACAGCAUGCUUUUGGUCCCUGUGAAUUUGCUCCUUUAUAUCCGGUUUACAAUAUACCCAGUCCCACAUUUGAAGGGCCUUUUAAGCCUUUAGGCUUUGAUAACAAAAGCUUUGAGCCCUAAGAGCUUUUUCAACUCUUAAUAUUUAGAUUUGUAAUGUUUUUGUUGUUUCUUUUUAUAUUUUAACAUAUAGGUUGUUGUUUAUGAUAAUAAUGAAAAUAUUAUGGUAUUUUAUUGUAUUGUA